UCAGUGUGUGCCCACAAGAGCCAGCUCUCCCGAGCCCGUAACCUUCCCAUCCCGAGAGCUGCAGUUCCAGCCUCGGCAGCGAGAACGCCACCAGCGGCCACCGCAGCGGCAGCGGCGGAAGCAAGAGCAGUCGGGCCGGGUCGCGGGGUCCCCCCGGGCGCAGGAAGGCGAACGGAGAUACCCUCCGAGAGCCAAGCAAAGAACAUUCCGCAUGAGAGGAGGAAUGAGACGGGAUCCAGGGCAGUGAAGGAGAGGCACUUCCAAGAGAGGACGCUUGCUCCCCAGGCCUGAACUGUGCAUCACAAUGAGAACUUACCGCUACUUCUUGCUCCUCUUUUGGGUUGGUCAACCCUACCCAACUUUCUCAGCAACGUUGUCUAAAAGGACUAGUGGUUUCCAGGCCAAGAAAAGGGUCCUGGAGCUCUCUGGACACAGCAAAAAUGAGCUGACCCGUUCCAAAAGGAGCUGGAUGUGGAAUCAGUUCUUUCUCCUGGAGGAAUACACAGGAUCCGAGUAUCAGUAUGUGGGCAAGUUACAUUCAGACCAAGAUAGAGGAGAUGGAUCACUUAAAUAUAUCCUUUCAGGAGAUGGAGCAGGAGAUCUCUUCAUUAUCAAUGAAAACACAGGGGACAUACAGGCCACUAAGAGACUGGACAGGGAAGAAAAACCUGUUUAUAUCCUUCGAGCUCAAGCUAUAAACAGACGAACAGGAAAACCCGUGGAGCCUGAAUCUGAAUUCAUCAUCAAGAUCCAUGACAUCAAUGACAAUGAGCCUAUAUUCACCAAGGAGGUUUACACAGCCACGGUCCCCGAGAUGUCUGAUGUGGGCACCUUUGUGGUCCAAGUCACUGCAACUGAUGCUGAUGAUCCAACCUACGGAAACAGUGCUAAAGUUGUCUAUAGCAUCCUACAGGGGCAACCCUAUUUUUCAGUUGAAUCAGAAACUGGUAUCAUCAAGACAGCAUUGCUCAGCAUGGAUCGAGAAAACAGGGAGCAAUACCAAGUGGUGAUCCAGGCCAAGGACAUGGGCGGCCAGAUGGGAGGCUUAUCCGGAACCACCACCGUGAACAUCACGCUGACAGAUGUCAAUGACAACCCCCCUCGGUUUCCCCAGAGCACAUACCAGUUUAAAACCCCGGAAUCCUCUGCACCCGGUACGCCCAUCGGCAGGAUCAAAGCCAGCGAUGCUGACGUCGGGGAGAACGCUGAGAUUGAGUACAGCAUCACUGAGGGCGAGGGGCUUGACAUGUUCGACGUGGUCACUGACCAGGAUACCCAGGAAGGCAUCAUAAGGGUCAAAAAGCUCCUGGACUUUGAAAAGAAGAAAGUGUACAACCUCAAAGUGGAGGCCACCAACCCUCACGUGGAACCCCGCUUCCUCUACCUGGGUCCAUUCAAAGAUUCCGCCACUGUUCGAAUCAAUGUGGAGGAUGUGGAUGAGCCGCCCAUCUUCAGCAAACUGGUCUACGUCCUGCAGAUAAGAGAAGAUGCUCAGAUCAACACAACCGUUGGCUCCGUCGCCGCCCAAGACCCAGAUGCUGCCCGGAACCCUGUCAAGUAUUCUGUUGAUCGACACACAGACAUGGACAGAAUAUUCAACAUAGAUUCUGCAAAUGGUUCCAUUUUCACAUCAAAACUUCUUGACCGUGAAACAGUGCUCUGGCACAAUAUUACAGUGAUAGCAACAGAGAUCAAUAACCCCAAGCAAAGCAGCCGAGUACCUCUCUAUAUUAAAGUUCUUGAUGUCAAUGACAAUGCCCCAGAAUUUGCUGAAUUCUAUGAAACUUUUGUCUGUGAAAAAGCAAAAGCAGACCAGCUGAUUCAGACCCUGAGAGCUGUUGACAAGGAUGAUCCUUACAGUGGACACCAGUUCUCCUUCUCUCUGGCCCCCGAAGCUGCCAGUGGCACCAACUUUACCAUUCGAGAUAACAAAGACAACACAGCCGGCAUCUUGACCCGCAGGAAUGGCUACAACAGACACGAGAUGAGCACCUAUCUGCUGCCCGUGGUCAUUUCAGACAAUGACUACCCCGUCCAAAGCAGCACAGGGACAGUGACCGUCAGGGUGUGCGCAUGCGACCACCAUGGCAACAUGCAGUCCUGCCAUGCUGAGGCCCUCGUGCACCCCACAGGGCUGAGCACAGGAGCUCUGGUGGCCAUCCUCCUGUGCAUCAUCACCUUACUAGUGACCGUGGUGCUGUUCGCCGCGCUCCGGCGGCAGCGCAAGAAGGAGCCCCUGAUCAUCUCCAAAGAGGACAUCCGCGACAACAUCGUCAGCUACAACGACGAGGGCGGCGGCGAGGAGGACACGCAGGCCUUCGACAUCGGCACCCUGCGCAACCCCGAGGCCAUCGAGGACGGCAAACUGCGCCGGGACAUUGUCCCCGAGACCCUUUUCCUGCCACGCCGGACUCCCGCCGGCACCCGCGAAAACACCGACGUGCGAGACUUCAUCACCCAGCGGCUCAAGGAGAACGACGCGGACCCCACGGCGCCGCCCUACGACUCCUUGGCCACCUACGCCUACGAGGGCACCGGCUCGGUGGCCGAGUCCCUGAGCUCGCUGGACUCGGUCACCACCGACGGCGACCAAGACUACGACUACCUGAGCGACUGGGGCCCGCGCUUCAAGAAGCUCGCCGACAUGUACGGCGGCGGGGACAGCGACAAGGAGUCCUAAUCGGUGGCCUUCGCCGACCCCCACCCCAAUUCCGAUUCGACGCUGACCUCUGUGACUCUAUUUACCCACUGGGUGCGCUGUGCCGCCCCAUCGCAGAAGUCCCUGGCUGCCGUCGUGUGGAGUCGAUGUUAGAGACUUUUUUCUAGUACACUUUUAUGAGCUUCCAAGAGGCAAAGGUUUAUUUUUUAGUGCAUCCUGUUGACCCAUGUCACAGUCCCCUGGUGU